UGCGGCGGCCAGAAAGUGGGGACAGGAGGGUGGCGGCCAUGUUGGCGCGUGGCGGCGGAGAUGGGGUGACGGAGGAGUACGGGCCGGCGAACAAGGAGCGCGUGCCCGCCCGGAGGCCCAGGCCCGCCCCGCCCGGGUCCCCGCCGCGGCCCGGCCGGCACGGGGCCCGGUGUGGGCGCCGCCCGAAGGACAGUGCUCUGCCGGGCCCCGCGCGGGUCGCGCUCACCAGCGCCCCUGGCCCGGCCGCUGCACCCCUGGCCCGCCCGCAACCCGCACCCUCUCACGGGCCUACACGACCCACGCUCGCCCCGCGCGGACCUUACCUGCUAGCAGCUGAUGCCGCCGUCCACAGGCCCGUGCCGCCGUCGCUCGUUCGCGCUCUCGCCGGCCCCAGCCCCAGCCAGAAGGCGCCGCCCCGUCCCCGCUCCCUCGCCGCGUACGCCACCGGCUCCCCAGCAGCCAGGGGAGCCGCGCACUGCGCCAGACGAACUGCGACAGCCGCCCCGGCCGACUGCCCCAGGCCAACUGCAACAGCCGCUCUGGGGCCGGGCGCCGACUUCCCAGACUUUCCAGAAAGGAUAGGGCCGGGCGCGGUGGCUCACGCCUGUAAUCCCAGCACUUUGGGAGGCUGAGGCGAACGGAUCACGAGGUCAAGAGAUCGAAACCAUCCUGGCCAACAUGGUGAACCCCGCCUCUAUAAAAAAAGAAAAAAAGAAACCUCA